GUAGAGAUGUGGUAGUGCCAACUAGCUAGUCGGAACCGUGCGUGACCGUUCAUAAUUCAUGCCCCCGUUGAUCGAGUUGUCCAGCGAAGCUUCAGAACAUUGCCAUUCAAGAUUCCUUUCGGUUCGGUUGGAUUUAUUCGAUAGCAUCGAUUGGCGUAGUUGGAUCCAGUGAUAUUUCGUCAGUAAAGAUCUAAGACGUUCAGAAACCGUGCGAUCAACGAGAAAUCGUAAAAAAAUGGACCAUAAUCAUCGGUAGUGCUGCUAUCGUAAUCAAUCGCAUCCAGUGUAUUAAUUCGCACGUGAAGUGAAUAGCCCAGUGCUCAAUUAAGUUGCGCGAAUAUAACGGUGGCAAACCGAACGAGCGCGAGUCGACCUUCAGUGAAUAACUCUUGGGCGCAAGGAAGUCAGAAAACGUUACCACUCCAUCCAAAGUUGAAUCCACUCCUCCAGCAUCGCAUUUACCAUCACCACUCUAAUAGGCUAUGUCAGUCCAGUCAUCACGAUGAAGCUCCUCUCGCCGAAGCAAUACUCACCACCUCCCGUCAGAGUCGGGAAAAGGUUAGCACUGGGACUGCUGGUCGGUUCCUGUUUGCUGGCGGUAUGCCUUCUACCGCAACCAGUAAGCUCGCAGGUAACCGUUGCGAGCGUCAUUUCCGUGCUCCAGCUGAGCAAGGAGGUCAUUCACAGUAUCAUCGAAACGUGGGACCUGGUGGAGGAAGUGGGCGAUAUCCAUCUUCCGUUCAAGCGCAAUAAGGACGAGAAGAUCCUACAGCGAAUGCACGAUCUGAGUUUACAGAUCCUGCAGGGAGAGCAACGGAUUCUAUCAACGAUGGAGUUCUCGAUAGACAGUCUGGUGAAGCAACUGUCGAUCAAGUUACAACUGGAGACCCAAAUGCGUGACCUGGCCGAUCUGAUGAAUCGGGUAAGCAAUCGCGAGAAGUGGAUGCGUUCGUACCUGGAGUCGGACGAGACUAUCGAAACGCACACGCUGGAGGACUUCGCCAGCAGCACGGUGGCGCAGGAUACGAGCAGCGUGUCCAGUUUGUUGUCCCGGAUCGACCUGCUGGUGGCAGGAUCGACGGAUCUCCCGUUUCGACAGCCGGGGGUGCUGGAGAUGUUGCUACAAGCUACGCAGGAAGCCAAAUCGACGAUCUGCAGUUUUGGAUUGUCAGCACAACAGGUUCUCUACCAACUAUACAAUGCGAUCUCGAUCACCGAAUUGAAGGGAUAUUCCAUGAUGCAGUUCUCGUGGAUGCUGUUGAAAACGUAUGGGAAAGGAAAUUUCACCGCGGAGGCCAAACUGAUGCGUAACCGCUUCGAGGAGCGCACCAACCGGACGCAGAACCUACUGCAGCGGGUCAUGACCCAAGCGGACCGCGAAUACUGGCGGUGCGAUCCCUCCUACGGCAAGCACAAGGAGGGCGAAACGUACGUCCAGCUGACGCGGCUGCUCCAGGGCUACAUCGAGAACGAGGUGGACAUGAACACGGAGAACACCUGCAAGGAAAACUGCGCCUACUACAAUUGGGGCGUCCGGCAGGAGCAGUGCUACAAGGAUCUGUACUGCUCGAAGCAGUCCAAGUGCGCCGGCAAGAUGUACAACUGCGAGUACAUUGACUCGGAUAUGUGGAUCUGUCCGGCAGCCAGCAGCAGCAACCGGCGGUACGAAUACGUCCAGUACGAGAACGGCAUGGUGUUCGGUCAGCAGAAGCACUGCACCCGGGGAACCACCAAGGUUGACUCCUGGUGGCGCUGGCUCUUCUGGCACUGCAGCUACUGCUUCUGUGUGUGCGACGACGCUGGAUCCAAGUCCGAUCGGUACAUCAACAUGCGGCAAUCGGUUUCGGAUGUUAUGAACAACAAAGUCGUCACUGGUCUGCGCUUUGUUAAGAAAAAUCGAAUAAUAUUCCUGAUUGUUCAACAAGGAAAGCUGCUUCCCGGAGGACAGAUCGAGAACAGCACCUUACAAUGGGUUGAACCGGAAGAGUACAACAUCCUUUCACCAAAUAUCAGAACCAAGGUGGACUACAAUACGUUGAACUACGAUAAUCGUGCUAUGGACUUGGACGACAUUAUCCUGAAGCCGUCGUACGUGGUCACGGGAGUCCGCUUCCGUAUGUUGGGUACGCACAUGAAUUUGGAAGUCCGAAUGACCGAAAUGGAUUUCGGAACCGGCAAGCUGGUGGAUCCAGACAAGAGCAUUUGGAUCGGCAGCGAUAAGACAGAACACAGUGAAGAUAAGAGAACCGAAAUGAAGUUGGAUAAACCGCACAUCCCGAUCCUGAGCCCGAGUAAGUCGGUGCCGGAUUCGCAGCCGAACCAGUUCAUCCGGUUCCGCGAGAGCGACCGCGGCAUGGACGCCGCCCAAACUACGGUGCCGUUUUUCGACGCUCAACCCGUGGUCCCGAUUAAGCAAACCCCCCUCGGAGGUGUUGGUCUGUUCCACAAGGGACAGUCCAAGUUCGGUGGAUUCAUGGCCCCGAAGGUGUUUACCUACGACAUUGGGCCGCAUGUGCAGCAUCCGUUGGAGCAGGUGGUCGAAGAGGAAAAACGACGCUCCACGGAACUUUGAUCGGGUAGAAUUUUAGAAUGUGUGUAAAACGAUAGACUUCAGGCAUACAAUGAAUCCAGUUUGAGAGGCGAAUUAGAAUCAAAAUUGUCAUUCAAUUUAUCUUUACUUGUAGUGUUACGCUGUAGUAGUAGACAUGAGAAGCUGUGCUUAUAAAUUACUCCCAACAUGA